AUGAAACCAUCCCAUAGCCUCGCACUUCCUAAGACCAUUACCCUGAGCCACGACCCACAAGCUCUCUUUGAGCAAACGCCCUGCUCCUCGCUUACUGAUUUGGGGUUGAUGCCAUUCACCAAAUGGUCCAACAUGGGUAGUAAGACUGAGACCGGCAGUGCAGGUGAAGGCACUUUCACCCUUCUCGCUUACCGACCAGCCCCCUCCACGGAACCUUAUAUGUCUCGCGUCAAGGGUUGGGGGGACAGUAUAGACUCCAACAACGUUCCUCUUGGCCGGCGCCACCAGACCGGCAAGCCUAACAAAGUCUCCAAGAAUAAAUCAAAGCACCAGCUAGGUGGCUCUCGUGGAAGCAAUGAAAGUAUCUUCCAGCACCAUGUGAACCGCAUGCGCGAGAACCGUGGACCAGAAUUCAACGUCAAAGGAGCGGCUUCUCACCCAACCGAAGGACAGGGCUGCAGUAAAGAAGGUGACUACGGUCAAGCUGAGCAUGAAGUUGAACGAGCCACCUCAACCCAGAACGAGAAGGAUCAAGGUAAAUCUGGUGACGGCCAUCCCGUCUCCAACUCCCAUCUCUUGUAUGGCGCUGGGGGUCAGACUCGUCCCUCUAGAUAUCUGAAAGAACGUCCGAGCACUCGCUAUUUCGAUCACGGCAAUACGCGAUACUUUGGCAAUGGCUAUCAAUCUUAUCGCCCAAACCUCAACAAAGAUCACACCCGCUCCCGCUCCUUAGAUCGUGCGGAACUUCCGGCUCGUGGUCAGUUUGAUAACCCUAGCAGCGCCGAUAGCGAGUACUGUCGCUAA